CAAAUAUAGAACCGUGACCAAACCGUGGUUGAAUAACAACGUUGUGCACGCGGGCCGCGGCAUGAGCUCAUGACUCAACCCACCCGCAAAGAAGUCGCACUAUUAACCGUCGACCUAACAUAUGGCGGCUGAUAACGCAGCCAAGGCAGCUGACCCCCAGACCACCUCGUCAGCUGUGAAGAAAUCGUUGUAUGAGGGAAGCACGCAGUACAAGAGCUGGAGAUAUUCCACAGAACAGCUGGAACAUGUUCGCACUUCCCUCAAUGCUGCUGCCGUUGCGGUCAUACGAAACACUUUCGAGGCAGAUGAGCCUGGAUCGUCCGAGGACGUGUUGUUUCUUAAUGCAAACGAGGAGCAGCUCCUUGUGAAACUGUACAUCACCAAGAUUCCUCAGCUGUGUGGGCAUUUUCGUUUCCCCGAGGAAGUGGAGGCCACCGCUAUCAGCUAUUUGAAACGAUUCUACCUUAAAAACACUGUGAUGGACUGGCAUCCAAAGAAUGUGAUGCUUACUGCAUUAUUUCUCGCCACUAAGACGACCAACAACCCGAUUUCAUUGGAGUCUUACACCUCUAACAUCCCCAAAACGUCAAACUCGGACGUUCUUGACCUCGAGUUCUUGAUAUCCCAAAGCUUGAAUUUCGAGUUUGCAGUUUGGCACGCCCACCGCGCUCUCUGGGGCAUUUGGCUUGACCUUCAGAGUCUGCCCGACGUGUCUGAGGACCUUCGACCACAGGAUGUUUAUGAUGUCGCCAUCAAACACGUCCGCGCUUCGCGCUUUACCGACGCAGAACUCAUCUACACUCCCUCACAAGUAGCCCUCGCUUGCCUGGCUCUCGCUUCGCCACUUCUAGCACAAAGAUGGGCUGACUCGAAAGCGGUAGCUGAUGUCGCACAACCCCUUUCUGAAACUUUGGAACCCACCCUCGGGGAGAUCAAAUAUAUCAUCACUCAGAUGGGACAUCCUCCUGAUGUGGAGGCCGUUCGCGAGGUUGACAGAAGAUUGAAGCUAUGCAAGAAUCCAGAGAAGGUCCCUGGCAGCAAGGCCUAUCUUGCACGGCAAGCAGCAGAACAAAGACGAGCGGAAGAGAAACGCAAUAAAAAGGCGGAAGACGUCAGGAGAGCCGUCACGGCAGAGGGCGAUCCAUUUGGAAAAGAGCUUGAUGAAGAUGAAAGAGCGACGCAGUUGGCUGAGCUCGAUGAUGACGAUGAUUAGGACACGCGCUGCACUACCA